CGAAGGCAUCGACUAAGGUAGCAGAUCAACGAGUGAAAACAAAGGCAUGGUUGCCUACCAAGAGUGGGGACAGGCCGAAUGACUUGUAUUCCCAGAUCUUUCACACUACUGUCUCCAACUCUCAAUAACUGUUGCCCCGCACUUUGUCCCAACUGUCAGUUACACCCAACGUUAGCGCAGGCAAAGGCCGCUAAUCUCGUAGGCGGGACCUGCCUAUAACCUUGUCCGGGCACUGCCUUUCGACCAUUUGUGCUGACCCGGACCCCUUCUCCCAAACAUCCCACUCGUGAGAACCUCAUUCCCAGCAUAGCUUCCAGCUACCCUUGACGGUCCGCAGCACAGUUCUUCGCUGUUUUAUUCAUUAUACACUCCGCCUUGACGACAUCCAUUUCGACAACAUUCAUCUACAAUGGCGGACCAGUCCGUCUUCCGGAUCACAAAGGAGCUGAGUGACCUCCAGAAAAACUCGGAUCUUUCUCUCGCCGUCGCUUGUCGUGACAUAGAUGUCCGAAACGUCAAGGCCCUCAUCAUUGGUCCCCACGAGACGCCGUAUGAAUUCGGCUUCUUCGAGUUCGACUUCAAGUUCAACAAGGAUUACCCCCGCAAGUCACCAACAGUCACUUGUACCACGACAAACUCUGGCCGUACCCGGUUUAACCCCAACAUCUAUGCUAAUGGAAAAGUUUGCUUGUCGAUUCUCGGGACAUGGCGUGGAGAACCUGGUGAGGAGUGGUCAGCUGCGCAGGGCCUUGAGUCUAUCCUACUCUCGAUCCAGAGCCUGAUGUCUACGAAUCCCUAUGAAAACGAGCCCGGAUUCGAAGAUGCCAAUGAGUCAUCGGACAAGAAGAACCAGAAGGACUACGUCCAAAAGAUUCGGCAUGAAACCCUCCGAAUCUCGGUGAUUCAACGUCUGGAGGAGUAUCUUGGGAUGGAUGCAGGCGGAUCUAUCACCCCAAUGGUGCCAAGUGACUACGAUCUCGACAUGGAUACGCUAGAUGAGGAUAGCACCCCGUUCCUGCCAUUCAAGGAUCUAUGCAAGCGUCGCUUCCUGUGGUACUAUGAGUCGUACCUCGCAGCCGUCCAGAAGGGGAAGGAAGAGACCAAGGACGGGCAAUCUUUCACCAGGAUGCCUUUUGAAGGAGCUAGCAACUCGAUGGAGGGAAAGUUCAACUACCCAGAACUGGAGAGGCGGCUGCGCAACAUCAAAAAUGCUCUUGAUGCGGAGACUGACCGAUGGGCGGCUGAGGGAAUGGAGGCCAAGGCCAAAGAGACCACCGUCGCGGUCAACCUCUAUCGCCAGUUCGAGCAGGUGGUCGAGUCCUUCAAGCGUGCCGACCUCCCGCACAACAUCGAACUGGUCGACAGCAACCCCUUUAUCUGGGCAGUCACUUAUUUCGGGAAGCCUAUGACGAAUCUUGAUGGUGGGCUGUUCAGAUUCAGGCUUCACUUCAGCCCCAGGUUCCCAGAAGAACAGCCUCGUGUUAGAUUUGAGACCCGUCUCUUCCACCAUAGGAUAUCCCCUGAUGGAACACCAUGCUAUGUUUCUGCGAUCAGUAAGAGAGAGGAUGUCAAGUCUCACAUUGAGGCGGUGAUUGAUGCUUUGGAGGAGGAGAACCCUCCGUACGAUCCUCGGACGCUGGUCAAUCCGGAAGCCUUCAAGCUGUACUGGGGAGGAGUGGACGAGCGCCGCAACUACAACAGGCGUCUUCGUCGCUCGGUUCAGCAGUCUAUGGAGGACUUUUAAACCACUUCCACCAUACGUUUUCUCACAUCAGCUUGUUAGGAUACAGGAUCCGAAAGGCAAGCUUCACGGCGUUUUGAGGCUGGGAUUUGGGGAUGUAGCGAUGAGGCAAGGGUUAUAGUCAGCUUAUUUAUGGCUUUUAAUAUGCGGUGCUGCUGGUGUGGUCGACAUGUGACGAUAGCUGUUUUGUUGUCCAGUUGCUGUCGUUCUGACAGGCAUCUUUUCUUACUUCCCCGGGAGCGUAGUCAAACAAUAGCUUAAAUUCGGGCAAGCGAUGGGAGGUUUGGGGGGCUGGGCUGGGACAUUGAUAGAUGGUCAUUUCGCUGGAGCAUUUGUGAGGAAUUGAAGUGUGUUUUGUAGCCACUUACAGCGUGAGACGUGAUGUG